AUGUCUGAUCAAGUGUGGAAUUCAUUAGAUCGCACAAACCUCCACAAAACACAAGACAAAUACACAAUGGCCGGUCUCCUCGGAAACGUAACCAAAACCGCCGACCAAGCCCUCAGCGGCGGCGAAGAGCAACAAGGCCAAGGCGGGCUUCUAGGCGGCGUCGGCAAGACAGUAGACGGUGCUGGCAAUGCAGUUGGGCAGACGGUAGAUGGCGCGGGCGGUGCCGUGGGACAGACGACGAAGGGCGUGGGGAAUGCGGCGGGACAGACGACGCAGGGUGUUGGGAACACGGUAGGGGGAGCGACGGAUCAGGUGGGGGGAAAGUAG